AAGACUGGAUAAGGUAGAAGACAUAUGCUUUUUAGACAGGAACUAAGAGAUCCAAUGACGCUAGUAAAGGCACCAUUCUUCGUCAUUUUCACGGUAGCGUUGCUUCUUUUGUCUCCUCUCUUCUUCGGACAGUUAGAAGCAACAACGACCAAACAACCAGAGCAUCGGAAGCUCAGGAAUACAGAAGGAGAGCGAAAUAGGAGGAAUGAAAUUGUUGUCCAAAUAAAAGCGAGAGUGAAGCGAAGCAAGUCAAGAAGGGGACCCCAAAAGAAGGAACCAUAUAAGAAGCCACCUUGCAAGCCCCCAACUCAUCCAGCAUAAGACAUCAUUAGGCUAUUAUAUUGUCUCCUUUUUCUUUAGAAUUUGUACUUAGUAAAACAACCAAACGUAUGUAUACCACGAAAUUUCAACCCAAAGAAUAAACGUUUAUUUUUUUUAUUC